UUUGUUCAAGUCCUCGCGGAAGUACUGACGUGUUCACACCAGUUUGCACGAGAGGCGGCUAGUUUAGCUAGCUAGGUAGAGCCGGGUAGUGACAACAGCGGUCGUAUCAGAAUGUCAGAAGGGGACAGUGUUGGGGAGUCAAUCCAUGGGAAACCAUCUGUAGUUGCUGCCUUCUUCACACGGGUUGGACAGAUCUAUCAGUCAUGGCUAGACAAGUCAACGCCGUUCUAUGCAGUGCGAUGGGCUGUCACUCUACUACUUACUGCUGUCUACAUGAUCAGAGUGUACAUACUACAGGGUUGGUAUAUAGUAACAUAUGCUUUGGGAAUCUACCAUCUCAACCUCUUCAUUGCUUUUCUAUCACCAAAAGUGGAUCCUUCGCUGCUUGAUGAAGAUGAGGGCCCAUCCCUUCCUACCAAGCAGAACGAGGAGUUCCGCCCUUUCAUCAGGAGGUUGCCUGAAUUCAAAUUCUGGCAUUCUGCGACAAAAGGCAUCGUCAUCGCCAUGAUUUGCACAUUUUUUGAUGCCUUCAAUGUGCCAGUGUUCUGGCCUAUACUUGUAAUGUACUUCAUCAUGCUCUUCUGCAUCACCAUGAAGAGGCAGAUCAAGCAUAUGAUCAAGUACAGAUACCUACCCUUCACACAUGGGAAGAGGACAUACAAAGGCAAGGAAGACACAGGGAAAACUUUUGCUAGUUAAAAACUCCCACUUAGCCUUCCCCUCCUUCUCAUUUGAAAUCUAUCAGUCACAGCUAGUGGGGAGUGACAAGAGUUAGAGAUUUAUGUUGGUUUUUUUGUAAGCGGGACAGUAACAUGAAAACAUAACAUGAAAAAUACAAGUUUUGAUCCAUGGUUCACAGUGUUGGAUGAGGAUAUGAGCAGCAUGGAUCAAAUUAGUCUGGGAACUUUGCCAUUGUCUAUUAAGGGGUAGUGUUUUUUCUUUUUUUUUCCUGAGGAACCUGAUCCCCAUUUUAGAUCGAUUUGCAUUUGUUCAGUAGUAGGUGAGACUCAGUGCUGCCUUUUGCCUUUUUAACCCUAUGGGGUAAGUAUAAAGUCAUGAAGGAGGAGCCACACUGAAAAAAUUUGCAGUGAAAUUUUUUGGAUUGAUUUUCUUUUUUUCUCAAUGAUGGUAAUACCAGUACAUGUCCUUCUCCCAAGUGAAAUAAAUUUGCCAAUUUUUGAUUAAUAUAUUGGUUCUACUUAUUUGUAACAAGUUAUAUAUUGAAAGUCUGUAGUGUUAAUAGAAAAAUAACAUGAUUAGCUGUGUAAGAUGAAAUAUGAAGGAAAUACAAGAGUCAAGAAUCAUUUCACCUUUUGUGGUAUAAGUGUGCAGCUGCUCUGGCUUAAAAGUGUGUCAGCCAGUUGUCCUCUGCACAAAAUGCAGACACUUUGAAGAGACUAGUCACAUUACACUUAAAUAUGCAUUCAUGAUCUGUAGAAAAAAAAAAUUAAUCUCUUGAAAUGAUUACACUGAGCACAAAUAAUUUUAAUUGAUUUGUAAAUCUUGAAUUGGCUACUCCUGCAAUUCUGUGUUUUACUGCAGUCACACUGGUGCGGCCAGUAUAGCAAGCGUCAUUACAGAUGAUUAUUAUUGACCUCAUUUGACUCGUCAGCCACCCACCACAUCACUGAAUGCAUAUUUCAAGGUGAAUGUCACUAACCCCAACCCAUUUAGUUUCCUGUAGCCUGUAGUCUACCAAUAAUCAGUUCUUUCUACUUUUGCGCCUUUGUAGAGUUUAACAGAUGGGAUACUGUGUCUUUAAGCAGCCCUAUUAACCAAAUUUUUAAGUCAUUUUAGGGGGCAUUUAGCUUAAAAUGGCAAGUCAAAGAAUUUGCUUUACCUCAGAUUUUUACACCAUUUUUGUGAAUAAUUAUUCAAAACAUACUGUCUUCAAAGUGCACAAGCAGUAUUCAAGUCCAAUUCAUAACAAGGUCUGAUCUUACAUAAUAAUAAAGCAACUCCACGUUUACCCCAAUGACCUUUUCUCUUUGAAACAUUUACCCAUCUGUGUUUCAAAGCCUGGGGUCCAUUCGAUUUGUGUAGACUAGCUGUUGUAGUCUUUUAUAAUCUGUGUUUACUUUGAAAAAAGUUAUGCUAAAUAUAGUCAUUCCAAGCAAACUCUUGUUCUCUUUCUUUUGCAGAGGAAACAUAAGAAAACAGAGAUUGAGAGCUUUUAUUAUAACAAAUGGAUGAAGUGGGUGGCGAUCACACUUUCUUUUCUAUAAACCUGUUGAUUUUUUUUUCUCCCAGUUUUAUUAUAAUGCUGGGGACUAUCUGUCAUAACUAAACUUUGAUCAGCACUGUAGUAAGGGAUCAAAACAUUUUCCUGUAAAAAGUUUGUGUUUCAAAGGAUUGUCUGGAGGAUUUGUAUAUAUAUAUAUAUAUAUAUUUUAAAAUAUGAAAUUUUUUUGAGAUUAUUUUUAUUUUAUUUUUUUUUUUCAAGCACCAUACUGUUUCCUAUUAUUAAAUCCAUUUCAGUUUAAAUUGAUGAAAGCAGACCUGGUUAAUUGGGUUCUAGAUUUGAUGAAUUAAAUACAUUUCUCAUGGAUUGCAUGUUCUUGUUUUCUUGUGCUACAGUUAUGAAAAAAAAAAGAUUUUAAUAGCUUAAGUGUAAUUUUUUCACUCCAAAUGCUAUUAAAGAGGCUGUGUCCCUUCAAACAGUA